AAAACAGCUGGUCCGCCGGCUGCAUGCAUUUUGCCUUGUUACGUAGUUGCUGAAAACAAAUUGAAUUUAUUCAAUUAAAAUGUUACCCAUCGCGCGUGGAUUUUACAGUGGCCUGGCCAACAUAACCCGUAACAGCCGGGCAGCUUUUCACACGGCCAGUGCACUGCGCUGCAAGGCGGAGGCGUCGGCCGAAGAAAAGGAUGCGGAAUCCACGGAGGCCGAGGGCGAAGAUAACUCCAGUGGUUCCGCGACGGAUCCAAAGGAUCGCAGCAAGGUUAUCCCCGUGGAAACGUCAAUCCGCUACUUGAAGAGCGCCGCCUACAAGGCAACCUACGGCGAGGACUUUGUGUGGACGCAGUACCGGCGCAACCACAAGGGCAUGUAUGCGCCGCGCAAAACCCGCAAGCAGUGCAUCCGCCAGAACCGGAUUUCCACCGGCAAUCCCUGCCCCAUUUGCCGUGAUGAGUACCUAGUGCUGGACUACCGCAACACAGAACUGCUGGAGCAGUUCAUCUCGCCCCACAGCGGCGAUGUCCUCAGCUACUCGAAGACGGGCCUGUGCCAGAAGAGCCAUUUGCGUCUGCAGGUGGCCGUGCAGCAGGCACGCGAUUCCGGAUACAUAACAUACGAUGUACCCUUCAGGGAGUACGACUACAGCGAGUACUACGGCCAGGAGCAGAAGCAGAAAGCUUAGUUACCAAAUGUUGCUUGAUGUUUAUAAAAAGAAAUUAUUGUAAAAGAA